UUUCUCUCCCUUUUGAAAAAGAAAAAAGAAAAACACAACACCCACUUCAAAUAUCAAACAAAUUUCUCAUUUGAUUAUUUCUAAGUAAUUUACUCAACUUUGUAUUUUUGUUUUUUUUAGAUAUAUAUAUAUAUGGAUGAUGAAAUGUAUGGUUUUCAUUCAACAAGAGACGAUUACGCGGAUAAAGCUUUGAUGUCACCGGAGAAUUUGAUGAUGCAAACUGAGUACAACAAUUUCCACAACUAUACCAACUCGUCCAUCUUGACUUCUAAUCCGAUGAUGUUUGGAUCCGAUGAUAUUCAAUUAUCAUCGGAACAAACUAAUUCUUUCAGUACUAUGACUCUUCAAAAUAAUGAUAAUAUUUAUCAAAUUAGAAGUGGAAAUUGUGGCGGAGGCAGUGGCAGUGGUGGUAGCAGUAAGGAUUAUCAUGAUAAUAAUGAUAAUAACAAUAAUAAUGAAGAUGGUUCAAAUGUUAUCAAGGCUAAAAUCGUCUCACAUCCUUAUUAUCCUAAAUUACUCAACGCUUAUAUUGAUUGCCAAAAGGUUGGAGCACCAGCGAGUAUAGUAAAUCUGCUGGAAGAAAUAAGGCAACAAACUGAUUUUCGUAAACCAAACGCUACUUCUAUAUGUAUAGGAGCUGAUCCUGAACUUGAUGAGUUUAUGGAAACGUAUUGUGAUAUAUUGUUGAAGUAUAAGUCCGAUCUGUCUAGGCCUUUUGAUGAAGCAACAACGUUCCUCCACAAGAUUGAAAUGCAACUAGGUAAUCUUUGCAAAGAUGAUGGUGGUGUAUCAUCAGAUGAGGAGUUAAGUUGUGGUGAGGCAGAUGCAUCAAUGAGAAGUGAAGAUAAUGAACUCAAAGAUAGACUCCUACGUAAGUUUGGGAGUCAUUUAAGUAGUCUAAAGUUGGAAUUUUCAAAGAAAAAGAAGAAAGGGAAGCUACCAAAAGAGGCAAGGCAAAUGUUACUUGCAUGGUGGGAUGAUCACUUUAGAUGGCCUUACCCUACGGAGGCUGAUAAGAAUUCACUAGCAGAAUCAACAGGACUUGAUCCAAAGCAGAUCAACAAUUGGUUUAUAAAUCAAAGGAAGAGACAUUGGAAACCAUCAGAGAAUAUGCAGUUAGCUGUUAUGGAUAAUCUAAGCUCUCAGUUCUUCUCAUCAGAUGAUUGAGUUUGAAUUGAAAUUGUGAAAAUACUGCUCUUCAUUUCUCUUUUUAUUAUUAUAUAUAAUAUAUAAAUCGUAUAUUUUUGGGAAAGAAAGAAAUUUUAUUAAUCAAAAUCUCUAUAAAUAAUGGUAGAGAUUAAUUAAUGUUGAAUUCUUCUUGACCAAGUAAAUAUUCAAUCUAGCUAAUUGUCAAAAUUAAUGCUUACCUAA